AUGAAUUCAUCACUUGACGAGGACCAUGCAGGUAAUAAAAACAGCAUUUCAUUCUCAGAUGAAAAAAGGAAAGUUCGCGUUUUGAAAAAAAAAUCGGUCGUAAAACCUGAAAGUUAUAACAGUGGGGAAGCACAAACAUCGUUGACACCGAACAUCAGUUCGCCAGAUUACGCUAUGACUGCCUCCCAAGAUUGCGAAUCCUAUCAAAAUUCGCUUGUAAAUAACAUGGCUGUCCUUUUAGAGCAGGUUCUCCCAAAUGAUUGGUCAACAUUGGAACGAAUGUCUAAGAGUGAACUUUUUCAGUGGGUGGUGGGGAAGAGAAAUGAAUUGUUGGAUCUUGUGAGAAAUAGCUCUGCUUUUAUUAGAAAUCCUGAAUCAAAAAGUUGUUUCAAUAACGAUUUCAAAUGUGUUGGCAAAGAAGAUGUAAAUAUCAGUAAAGUCAGGUUAAGAGCCAAAAAUUCCAUGUUUCAUUCAAAUUUUUCAUCUAUAUUCCAAGAUUUGCCAGUAAACUGGAGUAGAGUCAAUGACAAUGGGAACAUUGAAACAUUGAUGAAAGAGUUGAACGAAGUCAAAGGGGAAUUGUUGAAAGCUAAUGAAUUGGUUAAUUUAUUAACUGAACAGAUCAAAUUAAGCACUGGUCAAACUCAACAAGUAGAUGAAACAGAUUCUGCUACUAAAACUAAAUCAAAAAGGGAUUUCAAUCCUCUACUCAUUGUAAAGUUAGUGAAUGAAAUUAAAUAUUUGAAGAAAAAAUUAGCAGAGUCACAUCAGGCCAGGCAGUCAUCUAGUAAUAAUGAUUCUGCCAUUUGUUCAUCUUAUCCUGAUUCUAAAGCAUCUACCAAUCAGAUAAAUGAUUUUAAGGCAUCAACCAAUCAAAUGACUUAUUCUAAAACAUCAUCCAAUCAGAUGACUGAUUCCUCUUCAAUCAAAAACCCAUGGAAGUUGAGUGACUAUCACGAAGGAUUAUGUCUCAGUGACAUAAGCACAUUUGAUGGGCACAACAAUUCAGGAAGAACAAGUGAUGACCUCAGGAGGGGUUAUGAAGUUCAUAAUCAGAGUUUGAGUUCAUCAAUCAAAGUAAAUUUCACAUCUCACCAUGAACAAUCAUUCAGAGAUUUGGACUCAGAGUUCAAUAGACUUUCUCUGGUUCCCAAUAUGGAUUCAACCAGGUUAGAUUUUUCAAAUGAAAACCUUGAAGUGUCGAGAAAGAUAUCAGGAGACAGUCGACUGUUAGCCGAUAUGUUGGCGGUCAGUGAGAACAAUUGUCGUCUGAUGAGGGAUCGUUUGAAAGAAAUUGUUGUGUUUCUGAAAAAACUUCUUGACAAUCCCGACAUUUCUUCUCUGUUGGGUCUCAGUGGAGAUGUCUCAAAGAUGCCUCAGUGUCUCGGUGAGACAGCCAGUCUUCUAGAGGAUGUGUCAGUCUGGAUUGAAGAGGGACAAGAUGUAUUAAAUCAAACUGGCUGCGGUGAAGAAGGAAUAAACACAUCGCUGAACAGACUGUCAAUCAUUGGUCGUCCAUCACUCAUUGGUCAAUCUUCAUUGUUGGCUGUUGUCAAAGAACAUGUUGAUGAAAAAGAUGAAUGUUCUUCUGGUAACAGUGGUAGCAUCGUUGCACUUGAAAGUCACAAACUGCAACAAAAACAAUACGACAUUAAUAAGACGAGAAGUGUGUUGGCCGAGACAACCAUGAACCUUAACCUGGCACAACAAAUCAAAGAGAAAAAAUAG